AUGGACCUCUUUACCGUUAAGCAGCAGUACUACUCUGGAAACUAUAAGCAGGCUCUUCAAGAGAUCGAAAAGGUCGCCUCUUCGGAUCAGGAUGCCGUUGUUUUCUAUAGGGCUAAGAGCUUGAUAGCGCUGGGAGAAUACGAGAAAGAAAGCUCUCAAUCGGGGAUAGCAACCGCCUUCAACACCUACGCUGAUAUAGUUGCAGGCAGUGGAAGCCUGCAAGAUCUAGAGUCGGCCGUCUCGAGCAGCAAAAGCGCAUUUUCUCUAAACCUGUUGGCUUCAGCGCAGGCCAUCCAAGGCCAAAAUGAGGACGCGGUGAAGACAUGCCUAGAGGGACUCGAUAGCAAUGAAACACAAGGCUUAGCCGAGCUAGUACUGCUAGCAGUCCAAAUAGCCGUGUCGGACUCCAGCAAUAGGUCUGAAUCAACCGCUUCCAGCAUCUUGCAGAACUUCCUGGCCGCACAUGAGGAAUACGCAAACGAAGACGAGAUUAUCAUCAAUCUCGCAGAGUCAUGCGUUAACUUUGUUGCGGGGCGUGAGAUCACAGGCUCCAACUUCUACUUCUAUGAGGAGCUCUGCCAGACGCUGCCCAGUUGGAAGUCUCAGCUGGGACUGAUGAGCUUGCACCUACAGCAGUCGCACCUUCCAGAAGCUCAGGCAAUUGUCGACCUCUUGGAAUCGGAGUACUACCAAAACCAACAAGAGUCCGCUAGAUUAUACACACCCCAGCUUCUUGCGAAUAAAAUCACACUCACAGCUAUGCAAGGUGGCCGUGUCGACGAAUUGAGAUCCCAGCUCCUGGAGCUACAGCCUGAACACCCUCUAUGUCAAAACUACAAGAUCAACAACGCCAAAUUCGACGAGGUUGUUGCGAAAUAUGCUUAG